AUGGAUCUCAAUCUUAGUUUCAUGGCGUUUAUGGGGAAGGAGCAAGAAAAUGGAACUAGGAAAAUCUUCACCCCAAGAAAGGCUUUCAUGCGCAGUGGUUCAAAGAGCAAAAUUUGCCCUUUUGAUUUGGAGAUGGAGGCUGAAUUUCAAGAGAAUAAAGGAAGGGUUAUCUUUAGAAAUUGCUCAAAGUUGCUUGAGUUGGCUGCCACAGACGAUCUGGAUGGUUUUAUAUGUGAAGUAGAAGAGAGGGGCUGUGAUAUUGAUGAGGUGAGCUUUUGGUAUGGCAGAAGCUUUGGCACAAAGAAGAUGGGGUUUGAAAAGAGGACCCCUGUCAUGAUUGCUUCCUUGUAUGGAAACACUGAGGUUUUGAAGUAUAUUCUUGGAACUGGAAAGGUUGAUGUCAAUAGAUCAUGUAGCUCAGAUGGAGCUACUGCUCUCCAUUGUGCUGGUGGUGGUGGAUCGUGGUCAUCGGUCGAGGUUGUUAAACUCCUGAUUGAUGCCUCUGCCAAUCUCAGUGCUGUUGAUGCCAAUGGGAAGAAACCUGGUGAUCUGAUUGCUCCUUUUAUAAAGUCCUCGAGCAAUUCGAGGAGGAAAACUUUGGAGAUACUGUUGAAUGGCUUAAGCGCCGAAGCUGGUGAUGAAGAGGACAUAACUCCUACAGCCGAGAAAAAGGAAUAUCCCAUUGAUAUAUCUUUGCCAGAUAUAAACAAUGGUUUAUAUGGAACUGAUGAGUUCAGGAUGUACAGUUUUAAGGUGAAGCCUUGUUCAAGGGCUUAUUCUCAUGACUGGACUGAGUGCCCUUUCGUCCAUCCCGGUGAAAAUGCAAGGAGGCGUGAUCCAAGGAAGUAUCACUACACUUGUGUGCCUUGCCCUGAGUUCAAGAAGGGAACUUGUGCUAAGGGUGAUUCUUGUGAAUAUGCUCAUGGUGUUUUUGAGUCCUGGCUUCAUCCCGCACAGUAUAGAACCCGGCUUUGUAAAGAUGAGACUGGAUGCUCCAGGAAAGUAUGUUUUUUCGCGCACAAGCCUGAGGAGCUGCGUCCAUUGUAUGCUUCUACAGGUUCAGCCAUGCCUUCCCCGAAGUCUGUUUCAGCCAAUUCAAUGGACUUGACAACAUUGAGCCCGUUGUCUCUUGGUUCAUCUUCAUUGAUGUUGCCUAAUACUUCUACACCACCAAUGUCCCCUUCGGUUACCUGUUCAUCCCCCAUGGGUGGUGGCCUCUGGCAGAACAAGGCGAACCUUUCACUGCCUACACUGCAGCUCCCGGGUAGCCGGCUGAAGACGGCCUUGAGUGCAAGAGAUAUGGAGUUGGAUAAGGAUUUGCUUGGAUUGGAAAAAAUCCGUACCCAACACCAACAGAGGCAGCAGUUGGUCGAUGAGAUGGCCAGCCUCUCUUCCCCAUACAGCAGAAUCGGCGACAUGAAGCCUACUAAUCUUGAUGACAUUUUCGGAUCUCUCGAUCCUUCAUUAGUAUCUCAAUUUCAAUGCCUCUCGCCUAAUGUUAAUAAUGCUAACACCUCCAAGUUGCAAUCCCCGACCAGCCUUCAGCAUCGCCAGAACAUGAACCAACUCCGAGCAAGCUACCCUUCCAAUCUCUCGUCCUCUCCAGCAAGGAAGCCCUCCACGUUCGGGUUUGACUCCUCAGCAGCUGUUGCAGCGGCAGUCAUGAACUCAAGGUCAUCUGCUUUUGCAAAGCGCAGCCAGAGCUUUAUUGACCGCGGUGGGGUCAGCCAUAGGUCUAGCCUUCAAGGUGCAGCUAAUUCCCCAACUGCCAUGUCAUCCAAACUAUCAGAUUGGGGCUCUCCGGAUGGGAAAUUAGAUUGGGGCUUCAAUGGCGACGAGGUGAACAAGCUUCGAAAAUCAGCAUCUUUUGGUUUUCGAAGUAACGCCUCUGCAACAACAGCAAUGACUCAAUCAAAUGUGAAUGAACCGGACGUCUCUUGGGUUAAUUCAUUGGUAAAAGAUGUGCCCUCUGCUAGUCCCAGGCGAUAUAGUCCAGACCAGAAUCAUGGAGGGGUUCAUGAUGUGGUGCCGCAUUGGGUCGAUCAAUUGUAUUUAGAGCAAAAACAGGUCGUGGCUUAA